GUGCGUUUACUUGUAUCCAAUUCCGAAUGCCUCCAGCUCGCUGAAUAGCCUUGUGUACUUCAGUGUUAACAGCAGGUUUUCUUCCUGCACAAUAUAGGCCCAUCCUAGGGCUAGCGGGAUGGGAGGACGAGGAAGCUUUGGGAACAAAAACAACACAGGAAGAGGAGGCAUUGAAAACAUCAGGCUGGAGUCCAACACACGUGACGAACCUGUUUACCAGACACUAUAAAAGGAACAAUGCUGUCACUCAAGGGGAGACUUUAUGGGACAGUAGCGUGGGGACCCAGGACCAGCUGGAUCUAAGGCUUUCCUCAGGAUAACUGUGUUGACAUCGCCAGGUCUCUGGCUCCAGAAACUGUCGGAAUGGCCACUGAGCUGUUCAGCAAACAGCAAACCAUUCAACUUCGCCACAAACACAUCGGGCCAUCGUGCAAGGUGUUCUAUUCAAAGGACCCACUGAAGAUAAUCCGUGCCCAGGGCCAGUACAUGUAUGAUGAGAAUGGCACACAGUUCUUGGACUGCAUUAACAAUGUGGCUCAUGUGGGACAUUGUCACCCGGAUGUAGUGCAAGCUGCUGUCAAGCAGAUGGAACUGCUGAACACAAACUCUCGUUUCCUGCAUGAUAACCUCAUCCAGUACGCUAAACAGAUCACUGCCACUCUCCCCCAAGAACUCUCAGUUUGCUACUUUGUCAACUCAGGCUCCGAAGCUAAUGAUCUUGCUCUUCGAUUGGCUCGCCAGUAUACAGGUCACCACGAUAUCAUUACCCUUGACCAUGCUUAUCAUGGACACAUAACAUCUUUGAUGGAUAUCAGCCCUUAUAAAUUUUAUGAGCUCCGUGCUGGAGGUCAGAAGGAGUUUGUGCAUGUUGCACCAUCCCCAGACACCUACAGAGGAAAGUACAGAGAAGACCAUCCUGAUCCAGCCUCAGCCUAUGCAGAUGAAGUAAACUUGCUGAUUCAAGAGGCACGAAAGAAAGGCCGCAAGAUGGCCGCGUUUAUUGCUGAAUCCAUGCAGAGUUGCGGAGGUCAAAUAAUUCCACCACCUGGCUACUUCCAGAAAGUGGCAGAAUAUGUGCAUAAUGUGGGAGGAGUAUUCAUAGUCGAUGAAGUCCAAGUGGGCUUUGGCCGAGUCGGAAAACAUUUCUGGGCUUUCCAGUUACAAGGAGAGGACUUUGUACCAGACAUUGUCACCAUGGGCAAACCCAUUGGAAAUGGCCAUCCCAUGUCUUGUGUUGUUACAACCAAGGAAAUUGCAGAAGCAUUUGGAGCAUCUGGUCUUGAAUAUUUUAACACAUUUGGAGGUAACCCAGUAUCGUGCGCUAUUGGUCUGGCAGUCCUGAACAUCAUCGAGAAGGAGGAUCUCCGUGGGAAUGCAACCAGCGUAGGAAAUUAUCUGAUGAACUUACUGAAAGAACAGCAAGCCAAACACCAGCUAAUUGGGGAUGUCAGAGGUGUAGGGUUGUUUAUUGGCAUUGACCUGGUUAAAGAUCGAAAGAAGAGAAUACCAGCCAAGGCUGAAGCACAAUAUGUAAUAUACAGACUCAAGGAAGAAAAGAUAUUGUUGAGUACUGAUGGGCCACAUCGAAAUGUUCUGAAAUUUAAACCACCGAUGUGUUUCACUAUGGAGAAUGCCAAGUUUCUGGUAGAGAAUAUAGACAAAAUUCUCUCAGAUCUUGAGAAAGGAGCCAGGGUGGCAGUUCCAAAUGAGCAGCUGAAGCCAGUGGAAAAUGGCAUUCCAUUGACCCUUGGUGGCACCAAGAGAAAGACUCCCCAUGCCAGCGUUUCUGAGUUGAAUGACAGCAGCAUAAGUAAACCCUGCCAUCCUGAAGCUUUACAGAGUGAAGAGUCACCAGAUGGUAAAAGUAGCCACUGCAACAAAAUUGCUUGUGGAGAACAGCAAGGUUCCUAUCAAAGUGAAACUGGUGCUGUAUCAUGCAAAAGGUUUAGGACAUGAACUGCAUGUUGUGUCCUCUUUGCAUGCUGCCACGUUCUGGUUGCAUAUGAAAGGGUCUGUCAUACUUUGUCACAUGCGCCAUCUAAAUUCACCCUCACCAGCCUUUUAACAAAGUUUUUGUUUUUAUUUUAAUAGACUUGAGCACUGACAAUUAACUACUGCUGGAAUUUCCUUUCAGGUUUUCCCAAUCCAAAACCAGCCAGGUGGGGUGACCUAGAUUUCCACUGAGAUUAAUAGACAAUGAGGAGUGAAUUGCAGCCCCAUCUGUCUCCUUCUUCUUCCAAAACACCUAGGAAAAUCCCAUAGUUUUGAAUUUGAGAAGAUUCCAGUUUAUCUCAAAAGUUAUUUUUUGUAAGGAUCUAUUUUGUCUAGCAUACUUUGAGUGUGAUGUAAUACUGCCCCCUUCGUCUGGAUGAGUGCAGGUUCAAUAACAUUGAAAAAAGCUUGGCACCAUCCAAGACAAAGCAACCCACUGGAUUACCAUUCUGUCCAUCAACUCCAAGACUCUCUCUCUUCACUACUGAUGCACAAUGGCAACAGUAUGCACCAUCUAUAAGAUAAACUGCAACAAUUCACCGAGCUUCCUUCGAUAGCACCUUCCAAGCCCAUCCUGCUGCCCUCUAGAUGGACAAGGGCUACAGAUAAAUGGGAGCACUAUGAGCUGCCAAUUCCUCUCGAAGCCACGCACUACCCAGACUUGGAAAUGUGUUGCUGCCCCUUAAUUGGGCAAAAUGCUGGACCUCCCUUUCUUACAGCCAGCCCUGCAGCAGGUUCAACUUGGUAACUCACCACCACCUGCUCAAGGGUAAUUGUGGAUGGACAAUAAAUAUUGUCCAUGCUAGUGGUGUCAACAUCCUGUAAACAUUUUUUUUAAAUACCAGACCCCGGAUUGUGAAACCAGUGAGAAUAUGAAUUUAAAUUAAAAGCAUGUUCCUUGAGGAUCCAUGGUAUGCAGCCACGUGGCAUGAGGCAAAACAGUUGAAGAUGCAGUUUUAACGAAGAAAGUAAUAUUUCAAUGUGUUGAAUUUCAAAUUUAUAUAGAUCUACUAUAAUAAUAUAAAAUUAUCUCCAACAAGCCACGUUCUACUUGAUGGUACGAUCAAAAAUUCAACUUGCAUUUUCUAAAAAUUGUUUUUAAAAAGAUUAUCACAAAUGAUUGUGAUUUUGAAAUUUCUAUUGAAGGCACCUUUUUUAAUAUCAAAUUGGGUAUUGAUCGCAAGUGGAGAAAGAAAGAAUACUGUAAGGAGCUGAAGAUAUAUAUUUGAAUUUUUUUUGGUGAAAUAUGUUGGCUUUUCAGAAGUUUAAAUCAUACUUCUAUAGAAAUUGUCCUUCAAGUGUUAGGAAUUUCAACUCAAAUUAACCAAACUUUGAUUAAAAGUGGAGCAACUGUUUUUUAAAACCACAUUAAAACAAUUCUCCACCCUGUAAAACAAGAAAAUAGACAAACAAUGAAACACUGAGCUGCAGAUGUUUUGGUCUCCAGAUGGUCAGAGACAAGACUUAGUCUGACAGAUGGAUUUUGUCAAAGGUCCUGACACACUAACAAUGCAGUAAUUUCCUGGAAAGUUGAAAGUUCUGAUGGUUAGUUACCCAGGGUCUACAACAUGAGCUGGUGUCAGAAACUUCAGAGAAUUCCAAUUUAGCUUAAUAGUUGGCCAAGAAACGUUAGCAAAAUCAAAACGUGCUCUAAUUCUGGGCCAGGUAUACUACACCCUUCCCCCAGCAGAGACCUGACCUACCCCACUUUCAUCCAUAACCUGUGAGACUAUCCAGUCAUCCAUUUACUUCACACACUUACCUUCUCAAAAGUGCCUCUUAGGACUUCUAAUCCUGGAGUAUGCCAGUUAUUGCUGUCGUCUGGGAAUGUACUCAAUCGCUAGCACCGACCUUGUGCUGCACAGAAUGAUUUCCUGAACGGGUAAGCUCUUCACUAAAACAGGUGAUACCUCCUUUUCCCUAACUUACUGGCUUCUCGUUGCCACUCCUCAGAAACAUAGGGGGGGAAUUCAAUAGGACCAGAGGUGGCAGGUAAUAAAUUGGGCAGAAGGAUGCCCUGCUAUCCUCCACGAAGUCUGAAGUGGGAAAGCUUGGACAGCCUUCCUACAAUGCUGCUUGUUGAGGCCCUUACAAGAGAAAACCCAAUAAAACUUGGAAAUGAACAUGAUCUGGUAUGAACUUUUAUACCUGAAAAUUCAAAUCUAGUUUGGACCAGUACAUUCGUUCCUAAGUUUUACUUCCUUUUCAACUAAUGGCCACAUAAGAGAUCUCAUCUUCCAUUGCUGAUAUUCAACCAGCACCUGGCAUUCACUGUGUGAGAAAAGCAAGAGGUUCUCGGAAGGCAGGAUUUCCGCCAUGGUGUCUUUCUACUUGAUUCUAGCAGGCCUUCUGUAAAGGAGGCAAUGUAGAACUAUUGCCAGCUGUCUGACUGCGAGUGUGACCUCAGUCAUCUGGAUUCAAUACUGCCCAUGGUCUAGGCUUUUUGACAUUUUAAAUAGUUCAGUUAAUCUUCCUGAAGUUUAUACUUUUCUAGCACCUCUAAGUCUUUCAUGACAACUAAAGGCCUUUAAAUAAAAGAUAAAUCUACUAACGCUUUGUAUUAUUCAGAACCCCUAUAUCACCAUGCCAUUUCAGUCCUCUUCAGCAUCCAAACUAUAAGUGAGUACUGUGUUGGACUAUAAUGCAGUACAAACGCCUAUCAGUUUACAACAUUCAACAUUAAUGCCUCACCAACCUCCUAUAAAUGUAGUAGGAGCCUUUAAGGUAACAUCAAUGUUUUAUCCUUCUGUAUAUGCAAUCUGCAGAACCAUAUAUUAAUCAGCUUUUCAUUGAAAUGGUGCUGUAAUGCUGUAACAGUUUUGCAGAAGUGGUUCGUUCUCACAUGAUAAUGUCAAUAGUGUAACAUCAAUCUGUGCAAAUGUAAUAAAUU